UCACGCCUCGAGUGCCGGUUCCUGUAGAGGCAGGAGAUAGUGCUAUGUACACACCUCUCCUAAUGCACAGCGAGCAGGUGGAUGUCCUGGAGCGCCUUGACGUGGUGUUGAGAAACAUUUCAGAGCUAAGAAAAGAAGUGGAGGAGCUACGAAACAGCCUGCAGCGCUUGGCUGCAGAAAUCAUUGGUGAAGUCAGGUCCCAUCUGGAAGAAACCCAGAAAGUAACUCGCCGGAGGCGGUUCCCAUUUCCUAGAGAAAGAAGUGAUUCCACAGGCUCCAGUUCAAUUUAUUUCACGGCCAGCUCAGGAACAGCCAAUACGGAUGAUGGAGAAAGUGAAGGAGGGUACACCACAGCCAACGCUGAGUCUGAUUACGACCGGGAGUCCGAGAGAGAGAGUGAAGAAGGGGAAGAUGAAGUGAGCUGUGAAACAGUGAGAACUGCGCGACGGGAUUCCCUGGAUCUCGUCAGCGAGGAUGAUGCCCAUUUAAUCUUAGAUUCCUCGCUAGAGGAAGGACUGGGUCAGCUACUGCAGCAGGCUGACCGCUUGCACAGCGGAGACGAGCAGGAGAAGAGAGAGGGAUUCCAGCUGCUGCUGAAUAAUAAACUGGCGUAUGCAGACCAGAAAGACUUUCUUUGGCGCCUGGCCCGAGCACAUAGUGAUAUGUGCGAAAUCACAGAAGACCCAGAUGAGAGGAGAUCGUACGCAUCUGAUGGGAAAGAAGUGAUAGACAUUGCCUUACAGAAAUGGGAUCAAAGUGCUGAGUGCCAUCAGUG